AUGCAAGGGUGGCCAGGGCUGGCGCUUAUCGCUUUUCUCCUCUUCCUCUACGUUACAGCGGGACCUGGCGGAGGGACCACAGAUGCUGUGGCGGCAGACCCUGAAGCUGGUGUCAUCGACCUAAACGGAGAAUGGAAUUUCGUAUCACAAAAUGGAUCUAUUAAAGGGACAGGCAAUGUUCCAGGCGACAUCUUCGUUGAUCUCCAAAAUGCCAAAGUAAUUGAUGAUCCGCUUUUUGGAUUUAACGAUGUAAAUACACGAUGGGCAUCAAAGACCCAAUGGAAUUAUACGAGAACUUUUGACUUGACCUCUGUCCCUGACCGAGCUAUUCUCGAAUUUGAUGGUCUCGAUACAAUCGCAACUGUUUUUGUGAAUGGCCAAAAAGUACUGUACGCCGACAAUCAAUUUGUACAAUUUCGGGUCGAUGUGGCAAAAAAUGUAAAGCAAGGGUCGAAUGACCUUGUAAUAGUAUUUGAUUCCCCGGUUUUGGUCGCAGAAGCCCAAGCUAAUCAAUUCAAGGCAAACUAUUCUCAUGUAAUUUGGCCGGAAUGCCCUCCAGAUAUGUACCAUGGGGAAUGUCAUGCAAAUAUGAUACGAAAAAUCCAAGCGUCGUUCAGCUGGGAUUGGGGACCGGCUUUUCCGACAGUCGGUGUUUGGAGGCCUGCAAGAUUGAUUGUCACGAAUUCGCCAAGAAUUUCCUCGCUCGAGGCUACUGUAGAUUGGAUUAAUGACAAAUUCGUGGUGAAGGUUGAUGUGCGUGUGGAUAAUGCAGUGGCUGGAACCCGAGUGGCUGUGCAACUUGGCUUGAAUCAGCCAGUCGCCAAAGCUGCCGAUGCUUCAACUGGAGUGGCCCAUGCCGAAUUCCCAGUCGAAAAGACCUCGGUUGAAUUAUGGUGGCCGAAUGGACACGGCAAUCAAGUGCUCUACAACCUUACUGCAAGCAUCCCAGGUGCUGCAAAGAAAACCGUCAAAGUCGGAUUCCGCAAGGUGGAACUUAUUCAAGAUUUUGUCAACGAUCAGAAGCCAGAAUGGGGACGUCACUUUUACUUUAAAGUGAAUGACAUUCCGAUUUUCCUGAAAGGUUCAAACUGGAUCCCAGUCGCAACAUUCCCAGCUCAAGAAUCGAAUAAUCGGCGAUACAAAUUCUUGAUGUUGUCUUCAAAGGAAGCCGGCAUUAACGCGAUGCGAGUCUGGGGUGGUGGGCGUUAUGAAGAGGAUAUCUUCUACGAUCUUGCUGACGAAUACGGUAUUCUGAUCUGGGAGGAUUUGAUGUUUGCUUGUUCGCUCUAUCCAGCGUAUCCGGAUUAUCUCGAAUCCGUCAAGAAGGAAUUGACGUACAAUGUCAACCGCCUGAAACACCAUCCAUCGAUGUUACUUUGGGCCGGAAAUAAUGAGAACGAGCUGGGAUUGCAUGAUGGCUGGUUUUCUGGGGCAUCUCGGGACGUGAUGAAAGCCGAAUAUUUGAAGUUGUAUAAGGAAACGGCUGAGACCCUGAUCACCCAGCUCGAUCCGGGCAGACCUUAUGUAAUGUCGAGCCCAAGUGAGGGGAUUAAAGGAAUACAAGAAGGCGGAAUCUCGAGCAAUCCAAACUCUGAAAACUUCGGAGAUAUUCAUUUCUACAACGAAUUCACGAAUUUAUGGCUCGAUGCUAAUUACAGAACACCUCGCUGUGCCACGGAAUAUGGAGUUCAAAGUUUCCCAAGCACGUACACGUUGAGUCGCGCAAUGCCGGAAGGCGAAAUGAAAUAUACUGGGCAACAUAUUAUGCACCGUCAGCAUCAUCCUGGGGGGACCGAAAACCAGUUGGCCAUGAUUUUCUCGCAUUUUCCGAUACCUAAGCAAUGCCAAAAUCAAACUCUGAAAAUUCGUGACGUCAAGACUUGCCCCUAUGCGCAGUCGCAGCCAUUUAUGGAUAGAUUUAACUUUUAUUCUCAGUCACAUCAAUCUAUCGCUUACAAAGUGCAGACUGAGCACUAUCGAAGAAUGAUGGGCCAAAUCGCCGGCGAUGGCAAAGGUAAUACCAUGUGUGCUCUCUACUGGCAACUAAACGACAUCUGGGCCGCACCAACCUGGGCUUCUAUUGACACAAACUUGCGGUGGAAAAUGGUACACUAUGAAGUGCGACGCUUCUUCCAACCCGUCCACGUGAUCAUUUACAUGAAUGGCGAUCUACUCCAAGCUGCCAUUGUCAACGACGAGCAUGAGGAUCAAGCGGGAACCGUCGAGAUACAAAUGCUCGCCUGGGACUCGAACUUUGAACCUGUGUACGCAUGGAGUCAAAACACUACUGUUGCUAAAGGAAAGAGUAUGGCGCUUACCCUAAACGGAAAAUUGAGCCAACCCCAGGCUAAUGUCAUCGAUUAUGUGUUUGUGGCCCGUUGGAAACAGGGCGGCAAUACUGUCGGAUAUGAUAGUGUCGUCAUUCCGAACGAAUUAUUCAAGAUCGAGCUGACACGUUAUGGGACCGUACGGAUCGCCUCGGUUUCAUCAGAUUCGAAUGACAACACUCGAUACAAAAUUUCCUUGGAGGCAUCAGGGAUUUCACCGCUAACCUGGAUAACAGUCAAUAAGGAUUUCCUUGGAUGGUUCUCAGAUAAUGCUUUCACUAUGACGGAGAAAAAGAAGGAGAUUACCCUGACUCUAGUUGAGCCGUUGGAACUCUCGUCGGCCGACUUUUCUGUGUGCAGUUUGGCUAACUGUGGUAUCGAUGUGCCCUUUAAU